UACCUCUUUUAUCAAAAAAAAAAAAAAAUCUCUAAUACCUCAAAAAAAAAAAACAAUAAUUAUACGUCAUCAUGGGAAGUUCCGAGUGUCACGAAACUCAUGUCCUAAUGGUAACACUACCAAUGCAAGGUCACAUCAAUCCAAUGCUCAAAUUCGCCAAACAUAGCUCACGAUCGAACCUCCGCUUCACCCUGGCCACCACUGAUCAAGCCCGUGACCUCGUCUCUUCCGCCGCCGCCACCACCACCGGAAACAACCCAUGUAGCCCGGUGGAUCUCGCUUACUUCUCCGACGGUCUGCCUAAAGACGACCCAAGAGCCGAACCAACUCUCCUAGAGUCGUUGAGAAAUGUCGGAGGAAAUAACUUGUCUAAAAUCAUUGGUGAAAAGAGAUUUUCUUGCAUCAUCUCUUCUCCUUUUACUCCAUGGGUUCCAGCCGUUGCAGCAGCUCACAAUAUCCCUUGUGCGAUCCUCUGGAUCCAAGCUUGUGGAGCUUACUCGGUGUAUUACCGUUACUACAUGAAGACAAACGUUUUUCCCGACAAUCUCGAAGAUAUGAAUCAAACAGUGAAACUACCGUCUUUACCUUUGUUGGAAGUCAGAGAUCUCCCUUCGUUUAUUUUGCCCUGUGAAGGAAGUCACUUCUAUAAGCUCAUGGCAGAGUUCGCAGAUUGUUUGAAAUAUGUGAAAUGGGUUUUGGUGAACUCGUUCUACGAACUCGAAUCAGAGAUCAUCGAGUCGAUGUCGAGUCUCAAACCUAUAAUCCCAAUAGGUCCUCUAGUUUCUCCUUCUCUGUUGGGAGCUAAUCAGGACCAAACCCUAGAUGGGGAAAAUUUGGAUAUGUGGAAAGCUGAUGAUCAUUGUAUGAAGUGGCUUGACAAGCAAGCUAGGUCUUCGGUUGUUUACAUAUCUUUCGGAAGCUUGCUCAAAUCUUCGGUGAAUCAAGUCGAGACUAUAGCGACGGCUCUGAGAAACAGAGGAGUUUCAUUUCUCUGGGUGAUUAGACCUAAGGAGAACGCCCAAAACGUCGGCGUUUUGCAAGAGAUGGUACAAGAAGGACAAGGGGUCGUUAUUGAGUGGGGUCCUCAAGAAAGGAUACUGAGCCACGUGGCGAUCUCUUGUUUUGUUACACAUUGUGGUUGGAACUCCACGAUAGAGACGGUGGCGGCUGGUGUUCCGGUGGUGGCAUACCCGAGCUGGACGGAUCAGCAGAUCGACGCAAGACUGCUGGUGGAUGUGUUUGGGAUAGGUGUGAGGAUGAGAAACGACGCCGUAGAGGGCGAGCUUAAAGUCACAGAGGUAGAGAGAUGUAUCGAGGCUGUGACAAAGGGAACUGCGGCGGCGGGUAUGAGGAAAAGAGUGACGGAGCUUAAGCAGGCUGCAAGAUUGGCGAUGGCGCCUGGUGGAUCUUCGGCUCAAAAUUUGGACUCGUUCAUCAGAGAUAUCACAAUCAUCUGACUCGUUACAAAUCCGUUGUCAUCAGUUGUAUUUUUAUUUAAUCCGUUUCUCUUUGUAUUU